GUGACCUGAGUGAGUUGUCCCUGCAGACAGAGAGCUUUGCCCAGAAGCACACCCGCCCUGUAUUACCCCAUUUGGACACUGCAUCCGGACACGCAGGUUUCACUAGCACCACCAUCAGUGGUGGCAGCAACCUCAGCUUCUUGCCAGAAUGUGUCAGCGGCAACCAGCGCUCUGGUAGCUACAGCAGCAUUGUCAGCAGCGGCCCGGGUACCAGUGUGGGAGACUCUUUGAGUCACGCCAGCUCUGGCCUGACCCCAAGAGCUCCUGGAGGCGUCAUUGGAAGCAAUCCUUUGGACAGUGUUCGCUUUGGCACGGCUGGAUUUGGGCACUUCACGGAAAAUGGAUUGCCUGGCAUUGUUACUGGAGGUAUGCCUUCAAGCUGGAGCUGUGGUGUCCAUUCAGUUGGCGUUGAUUCCAGCUCUAACUAUGGGCUCCACCCGAUGACCGAGUACAGCAGCCAUGGAAUGUUUGGGAUGCCACCAGCACCUGGUGUUGAUGGUUGUGUAUAUGGUAACAGUGAUGUGAACCAUCUGUACCCCAUGUAUGCUGGCAGUGUCCCCGACAACCUGAACCAGCCACAGCUGACCAUGAUGCAGCAGCUGCAGGUGGAGAGACGUCGCCGUCUGUGGGAGCACCAGCAGAAAGUCAGCAAAGGAGAAGACUGGCCAGGGUUCAACAGUCCACUGAUCCGAAAUGACAGUCUGUGGGACAACGACUACAACCCAAUGGAGCACAACGCCUGGUCAACCAACACCGAUAACAUUCAGGCUGGCAAUAGUUUCUGGAGCACGUUGACCAACUCGGCAUCAAACGGCUGGUCCUCGCUGCAGUCUCUGGCCACCAUCUGGGCCAGCAACCCGCAGGCUGAAGCCGGUCCUGGAGCAUUCACCCACAUGACCCGGGCCCAGCCGCAGACAGCCCCGCAGCUGAACAGCGCUACGCCAGCCUUCAACCCCUUCACCUCCAUGGCAGACAUCUGGGGUCCAACCCCCUCCAGUGCCAACCUGGAAUCUAGCAACCCCGGUUCCAGCAGCAACAUGGCGCCAGGGCAGUGGAGCCCGUUGUCUCCCCCGGGAUCCAUCAAUUCUCCCAAGGGAGACUAA